CCCGGAAGAAAAGUGUCCACAUGUAUCUACAGUGUGAGUGAACACAUGUUUUUACAUGUUAGAAGAGGAAUAUAACAGAAGUUAAACAGCGGCAUGAUAUCUGGAUAAGUCCUGUAGCUCGUUAAAGGUCUGUCAGCGAGGUUCGUUUUACAUAUAUCAGACACUGAUGUGAAGAUGUUGAGUGAUUCAGAGGCUGCAGAGCUGCUCUCCUUCCUGACUCCCAGUGCACGUCCUGAUGUCAAAGGUCACACCACAGGGUACAUCCUGGGACUGUCUGGACACAGGGAUGGCUGCCGCUUCCUCCGCACUAAACCUGACAUACUUGUUGCCCUGUUUGCUCUGACGUCUGACCCCUCUAUUGCCAUCAUGAAGGACUGUUACCACAUCUUCAUCAACCUGUCCGCUGACGAGACUCUGCACCAGGUUUUGCUGGCAGACGUCAAAGUUCUCCCAGUGUUGUUAAAGAGGCUUCUGGAUCCAGAGUUCCCGUUCUCUGACCAGAUCGCCUCCAUUCUGUCCAACCUCAGCCGCCAUGCGAAGACCUGCAAGACUGUGUUCAAGGUCCUGCAGGAGGAGGUCGGCCUCACUCAGCUGGUGGAGAUCUUCUGCACUGAAGGUUUCAACAAGAAGGCGAAGCUUCACUACCUGAGUCCUCUGCUGUCCAACCUGACGCAGCUGCCUGAGGCCAGAAACUACAUCAUGGACAAGGACAGGUGUGUAAUCCAGAGGCUGCUUCCCUUCACUCAGUACCAGGGAUCAGCGGUGAGGCGAGGUGGAGUCGUAGGGACCCUGCGCAACUGUUGCUUUGACCACACCCAUCACGAGUGGUUGCUAAGCGACGCUGUGGACAUCCUGCCCUUCCUCUUGCUGCCGCUGGCCGGUCCAGAGGAGCUGACAGACGAAGAAAAUGAAGGUCUGCCUGUGGACCUGCAGUACCUCCCCGAGGACAAGAAGAGAGAAGAAGACCCCGACAUCAGAAAGAUGCUGCUGGAAACACUUUUACUGCUGACAGCAACUAAAGCCGGUCGGAAAAUAAUGAAAGAGAAGAACGUUUAUCCGAUCAUGAGAGAGUUCCACAGCUGGGAGAAGGAAGUCAGCGUGACGGCAGCCUGUGAGAAACUGGUCCAGGUGCUGAUAGGAGACGAGCCAGAGCAGGGGAUGGAGAACCUGAUGGAGGUGGAGAUUCCCGAUGACGUGGAGGAGAAACUGAAGGAGGCCGAUGCCAAAGAACAGCAGGAGCUGGAGAAAGAACAGGAGAAGAUGAGGCAGGAGGAAGAGGAGGAGAAGAAGAAGAGAGAAGCAGAGGGGACGGACAAAGACGAGGAGAGUGGACUGAUACGAUAAAGCCUGUUUUAGACGUGACAGGACGUUUACAGAGAGAGCGAUGAACAAUGUCACUGCUGGUGAAAGUAAGUAAUGUAUAAGAAGAAGAAGAAGAAGAGGAGUGUUUCCUCUUCUCUCACAGACUGAAUCAGGGAUGGAUUUUAAACUUUACUUUGUUGUUGAAGCCUUUAAUUAAUUUGAGUGUGAGGGGAAACUCACUCUGAUUGUCACAGUGAAUCCACUGAUUGGUUUUCAUCAGUUUCAUCAUCUAUUACUGACAUUCAAGUAUUUUAUUCCUCCUCUGUCCCACACCACGUGGUGGGAAAAUAACUUUACAUGUGGAUCUGACAUUAGAAGAAGUCUCAACAGCUAAAAAUUGACUCAUUUAAAGUGUCUUGUGUUUAUUUAAGGCACAGCAUGCAGGAUUUUCUUUGGGAAAAUGCAAUAUAUAGACUCACACAGAAGUUAUCCCUCUCAAUCAUCACUUACGACCUGCUAGUGGUGUGGCAGUGUCUGUAUCUGCAGAGAACCUGCCCUCUGCCUGUGUUUGUAAUUUUCUUCUUAUUUUGGUUUGUCAAGGACAUUUCUCAGUGUCAGCCUUAGUGGCACAAGGUCGUAUCUCUACUCUGCUCUGUGGAUGUGAGCUGCAGGUCUGUGUGUCCGUCUGAUCGAGCGCGAGGUUGAGCCACACACACAGACACAGAGCAGAGAAGCCAAACAGACAGGAUGAGGCUUUAGUUGAAUUCACACAAGAUCCAGCAAUGCAGCACCUUUCUCUGGAGUUGUGCAGAGGUGUGGGCGUGUGUAUUUGUACUUAACCAUCAUAAAACAAUCAGAAAAUAACAUGAUUUCUCUGAUUCACUGCUUUGCUCUCAUUAACGCCGCUUCCUCUCCUCAUUCACUCUCGUGCACGCUUGACUACCACUGUUCUCUCAGUCUCGAGCCGAGGAGGAGGAGCCAAGUUUGAAUGUUGUGUUUUCAAACAGUGGGCACCUAAUCCUGCACAGUGUGCCCAGGGUUGCAGCGGUCAUGGAAAACCUGGAAAAGUCAUGGAAUUAGAAAUAAAUAAUUGAUUCCAUAUAAUGUAACAUAACAGCAAAUUUAUUUUCUGUAGCUGGCGCUGUAACGUAGCUCCGAUAUGCAUCGAUGUGUGACAACAUUUUGUUUACCGUCACAUAUGCUUAUACAUUUUCUUCCCGUGUUCCAUUUCUCCCUUCAUGUAUGCCCACUAGCUGAAGUUUUGCUUGAAUAGAGUUUAUCUGAUAUGAAUGAAAAAUGCCAGGAGAGAAAAAGAAUGUGUUAUGGGUCCUUGAAAAGUCAUGAAAAUGUUUUUGAAAUUUUGUCCAUGAAAAUGCGAGGGAGCCUGUCUGUCUUUAAACUGACAAAAUUUAGUAUAGCGGUCAAAAAGUGUUACAAAACACAUGCCUAAGGGUGCCCACUAGCUCUGUGGGUAGAGUGGGUGCUCCAUGUGCAAAGGCAGUGUCCUUACUACAGCUGCUGUGGGUUCCAGCCUGUGGCUCUUUGCUGCAUGUUGUCCCCUCUUUCUCCUCCUUUCAUGCUUCAAACUGUCCUGCCAUUAAAGGUGAAAAGCCCCCAAAAAUAAUCUAAAAAACCCCACAUACCUAUGCCUCUAGCAUAAGAAAGACCUAUUCAGAUGGGAGACAACGUGUUAAAUCGCCAACACUACGUAAUGGUGUGCAGUCUGGCCUGCUGAGGACGGAACAUCUUAAUUAUGAUCUCAUUUUCUGGUUGAGCUGUCAGACUGUUCACUCCUUCACACCCAGUUUUCCACUGUAAGCUGGUUUGAAGCUGUAGAAGAUUCUUCAUUGCUCUGUCUGACAGCCUUGUAUACUGUUUCUUAUGUACCAAGUUGUUCCUGCUUUCUAUUGAAGCCGUAAGACACCUUUCACUUAAAUGCUGCAUCAUUUCAAACACAACUUUGAAAACUGAGAACUCGACUAAAAUUUUAAAUAAAGAUAUAUCAGUUUCAGCAA